GAAGCAGCGGGGCGGACGCACGAUGUUAUUGCUGCCUGGCUUCUAUAAAUAUUUCCUCACUUUUGGGGGCCAUGGCGACUACGGGAGUAGAUUGUCCCGUAUCUAUCGGCAAGCGGCCGACGGUCCAGGUCUAUAUCAAUCCUCGUGUGCCCGUCUCCGUCCAGGGACGCUGGAAUCUUCUGCCCGCCACGGACCCUGCCGGAAACGGAAUCAUCCCCCCUUUGAGCAGACGCGUCCAACGCCGCAGACAUGGUCGGCUCGGCUCUUGCUUUGUCUCUCAUCGGCCUGGGUGCCGUCCAGGCCCUACCCGCAGCAAGGAAGGUGGAGGAGCGGCAGGUCUGGCUCGGCCCCGGCAACGGCGACUUCCACCCGGGUGACGGCGACCUGCAACCAUGCUUGACGGACGUACCAUUGGAGCAGCAACCGCCCUGCCUCUUGCCGCCCAUCGUCGGCCCCAUCAAUCCAAGCACCAAGAAGAGAGGAUUCGAUAAGCGGCAGAUCUGGAUCUGGCCGGGAACGGGAGACUUCCACCCGGGCGACGGCGACUUGAAGCCCUGCCUGACCGAUGUCCCCUUGGAGACGCAACCGCCUUGCAUCCUGCCACCCAUCGUCGGUCCCAUCAACCCAAGCACGAAGAAGAGAGGACUCGAUAAGCGGCAGAUCUGGCUCUGGCCGGGAACCGGGGACUUCCACCCGGGCGACGGCGACCCGAAGCCAUGCUUGAUCAAUAUCCCCCUGCAGCAGCAGCCGCCCUGUCUUCUUCCCCCCAUCGUUGGCCCCAUUGAACCGAGCACCAAAAAGAAGCGACAAGCAGUCAUCGGCGAUCCGUCAGGAGGUGACAUCACACCGGGCCAGGGCGACCUGCCCCCUUGCCUGACCGAUACUCCCCUGGACCAGCAGCCACCCUGCCUUUUGCCACCCAUCGUCGGCGGCAUCGAUCCAAGCACCAAAAAGCGCGGGGUCAUGCUCCCGCCCGACUAUGCCACGAAUCCCAAGGGGGCCGUCGAGCAGCUGGAGAAGGAACUUAUCCGGCUGCAGAACAAGAGCAAGAAGACCAAGAAGGACCUCGAGGAUAUCGCGGCCAUCAAGGCAGCCCUCAGGUACAUCGCGGGCAUCACCAACAUCAGCGCGCCGCCGGGAACGGGCACCACCUUCACCCCCGGCAAGCGGGAUGCCGCGCAGUGCUCGAACCUCGAGGCCGCCGAGCUCGCUCUCGAGAGCCUCCUGCACAAGGACAAGCUGACGGCCGAGGAGAAGGCCGCCAAGAAGAAGCUGACCGCCUUCCUCAAGAGUUGCGGCAUCACCAUCAUCAAGUCGCCUGACGGGACAACCACCAUCAUCAAGCCUUCCGACUAGAGCUCAGUUCCGACCCAGUCCGACCGACGCGGAGGGCCUGCAAUCUGCCUAAUGUCCCGGUUGAGCUGCUUUGUACGGAGAAAAAGGUUAAGGGAGAAAGUUGGGUGGCGGUUAUGAUCAAUGCUGGCGAAGAUUGUUAUGAGCUUGGAAGGGGUUUGGUAGACGGAAUGGUUCUC